UGAACAUGCAUAUAAAAAAAGAGGUGAGCUGGUCUGGGCUGUGGUAGUGGGGCAGCACAGCAAUACGUAUCAUUGAGGAAGUUUCCUGUGGAUCGUCUCCGAAAAUGAACGACGCAGACGUCUCAAAGCAAAUCCAGCAGAUGGUUCGGUUCAUUCGCCAGGAAGCUGAGGAAAAAGCCAAUGAGAUCUCUGUCUCCGCCGAAGAGGAAUUCAAUAUCGAGAAGCUGCAGUUAGUCGAAGCCGAGAAGAAGAAGACCAGGCAAGAGUACGAACGCAAAGAACGCCAAGUCGAAAUUCGCAAGAAGAUUGAGUACUCAAUGCAGCUGAAUGCUUCUCGGAUCAAAGUUCUUCAAGCUCAAGAUGACGUGAUCAGUUCCAUGAAAGAAGCUGCAUCCAAGGAACUGUUGCAUGUGAGUCAUCAUCAUCAUUUGACUUUGACUCAUCAUGAUCAUGUGUACAGAAACCUUCUGAAAGAUCUCAUUAUUCAGUGUUUGCUUAGACUGAAAGAACCUUCUGUCUUAUUGAGAUGUCGGAAAGAUGACCUGCACUUGGUAGAGCAUGUGCUGGAUUCAGCUGCACAGGAGUAUGCUGAGAAAGUAAAUGUUGAUCCCCCAGAGAUCAUUGUUGACAACCAAGUCUAUCUUCCACCUGGACCCCAUCAUCACAACUCUCAUGAUCUCUACUGCUCUGGUGGGGUGGUGUUGGCUUCUCGUGAUGGAAAGAUUGUGUGUGAAAAUACUCUUGAUGCACGACUUGAUGUAGUGUUCCGUAAAAAGCUUCCAGAGAUCCGAAAUCAGCUCUUUGGACAAGUUGUUGCUUGAAGAUUUUGAUUGUAUUGUUUGGUUACCCCUGUAAUAUUUAUAUUCCGAAGCAUAAGCUUGUCUUUGGACCUAAAUAGCUAUCUUGCCAUUGAUUCUGUCAACUUAUAAUGGUCUUUUAGAUAACACCAUAUUUCGGUAGUUCAGUUGUUCCCAUAUUGGGUACGAUGGGGGCAUGCGUUAUUCAACAUUUUCUUUAGCGAUGGUUGUUAUUUGCAGCUUUGAGCUUCUUGGCAAUAAAGUACCAGAUGUAAUAUAUUGAACAUUACUCUCAACAUUAUGACGGAAAUAUAACGUUCUAUAUUGUCGUAA